GUAAAAAGUACACACGUGUGGAGAAUUCAAGAUGGCCGAUUCCGAAGGAAGCGAAACUGUACAGAUGGAAGACGCUACAAAGUCUCUUGAAAAAGACCAGCCCGAACCGAUGGACGAAGAACAAUCCAUAGGUAUUUUACUAGCCAUUUACUUUCCUUUUACUCGGCAAUUUCGAGCUUUUGUGGCGGCUUUUUAAGGCGGGAAACAGUUGUGAUUUGUGACAACACAUGCACUUUGACUUUAUUGUUUUAGCUGAAGUACAAGAGGAGGCCCCGAAGGGGAAUGAAAAUGGACACCAAACAGACGAAGCUGCUCCUGAAGGUAUAAUUUAUUAUGGAGUCAAAUUUAGUUGUGAAAUGUAGUGGUUUUGUGUAUUUAAUGUUUUAUAUUUUGUGAUACAUCAUGCGUAGAAAAUAAUAACAUGAUGACAGAUUUUACACAUGAUCAACCUCCGAGUAUAAAUGCAAGUGGUCAAUGGCAGGCGUUUUGAUAGAGUGUGCAUUCAGUGAUUACUUAGUUACUGUAAAAAAGAUGAUGUGGUUUUAUGAUAGACACAAGAUUCGAAAUUACACUUGUGACAGCUUAAAUUCACUACAGAUAAUGUAUAAUUAAAUUAUUUUAUUAUAAUUUAAGUUGUUUUAGUUGUAAGUAGACAGUAGGAAUGUCAAUGUACCUGUUAAUAGUGUUUUUGUCCACGCUGUGGGCAUGUUUUGUGUGAAUGUGUCCUGUUAAAUGUGUGACAAUUGUCGUAAGUAUGUGUGGCAGGAAGUGAUCGUAAAGUCGUGUCUUUCAAUAGCGUUUCGGUAUUCUGUGAGUCGUGUUUCGGUGUUCUUUGAGUCAUGUUUCGUGUUCUGUGAGUCGUGUUUCGGUGUUCUGUGAGUCGUGUUUCAAUUUUUUAGAGGUUCAUACAUAAAGUUGAAGGUUGCAGAAUUUUCAUAAUUUUCUUCUUGCACAGUUUGGAAUUAUUCACCUGAGAACAUUUUAUCCCUUUAUGUUACCAAGUGAACAAUACCACAACAGCAUAUAUAACAAUUAUAAUUAUUUUCAGAAUGCAUACCUGCAAGGAAUUAGUAACAUAAUAGUCAAAUUGCAUUUGGUUAGGUGAGAGUAAAGAGGAACCUUCCAAAGAUAAAGAGAGUUCUGAACAGACAGAAGAAGCAACACCAGAAGGUAGUUAUAUAUAAGAUAAAUAUCACACAUAAAAGCUUAUGCAAUAUUACCAAUAAUAUCUUCAUUACCACAGACUCUUUACAACCUACACUCCCGUCAGGGAAAAGCAACUUUAACCAGGUGCACAUUUUCCAUGGGGUGGUGCAUGAGGGAGCUUUACUGCCCACUCUCCUCUGCAGUCUACAAUGCUACUAUUGCAACAUUACCGUUAAUAUUUGAGAUGACCAAAUUUACAUGUUUGCCUUUCUGUUACAUUAUCUUUUGUUUAUAAAGUUUAUAAUUGUUUUUUUAUCAUGUAUGCAUAACUAGCAAUUUGCAAAAGUAUAUUCAGCCAUCUAUGUUCUGUCAAUCUGUGUUACCUACUGUAGUUGAGAAAGAGGAGGAAGGAGCCAAAGGAUCUGAAAAUGAAACUGGAGAUGAAGUUUCUGAGAAAAAAGAAACUACUGAAGGUAUUAUACAGACUUAAAUUACUGUAAAGAAUGGUCUGGUUACUAUACACAUAAUAUACAAUGCAGUAUUUGCUUGUAAAAGUAAAAUAUCUAAGGCCAGAUGAUUUUAUUUUUCAGGGUGAAAGUGCUGGUGCUCAAUGGGUAACAGGGCCCUUGCAGUAGUGGGUAAACCUUUUAAAAAAUAACUGGCAAAUUGCAAGUAUAUUCAGCCAUACAUAUGUUCUGUGUUACUGUAGUUGAGAAAGAGGAGGAAGGAGCCAAAGAGUCUGAAAAUGAAAAUGGAGAUGAAGUUUCUGAGAAAAAAGAAACUACUGAAGGUAUUGUACUGACUUCAAUUCCUGUAAAGAAUGAUCUGGUUACUGUACACAUAAUACACAGUAAAUGCAGUACAGUAAAUUUUCUUGUAAAAAUAAAAUGUCUAAGGCCAGAUGAUUUUACUUUUCAGGGUGAAAGUGCUGGUGCUCAAUGGGUUAAGUAGUGGGUAAACCUUUUAAAAAAAUAGCUGGCAAUUUGCAAGUAUAUUCAGCCAUACAUAUGUUCUAUGUUACUGUAGUUGAGAAGGAGGAGGGAGCCAAAGGGUCUGAAAAUGAAAUUGGAGAUCAAGUUUCUGAGAAAAAAGAAACUACUGAAGGUACAGUAUUGUAUUUGUACUGACUUCAAUUGCUGUAAAGAAUGUUCUGGUUACUGUGCACAUAGUAUAUAGCAAAUGCAGUACAGUAAAUUUUCUUGUAAAAGUAAAAUGUCUAAGGCCAGAUGAUUUGACUUUUCAAGGUGAAAGUGCUUGGCUCUCAUUGAGUUAACAGGGCCCUUGCAAUAGUGUGUGAAACUUUCAUAGAUUUGCAAAUAUAUUCAGCCAUAUAUACAUAUAUGUUCUGUGUUACUGUAGUUGAGAAGGAGGAGGAAGGAGCCAAAGGGUCUGAAAAUGAAAAUGAAAAGGAAACUGGAGAUCAAGUUUCUGAGAAAAAAGAAACUACUGAAGGUAUUGUACUGACUUAAAUUACUGUAAAGAAUGGUCUGGUUACUGUACACAUAAUAUACAAUGCAGUACAUGAAUGUGCUUGCAAAAGUAAAAUAUCUAAGACCAGAUGAUUUUACUUUACAGGGACAGGGUGAAAAUGCUUGACAGUCAUUGGGUUAACAGGGCCAUUGUAGUGGGUAAACCUUUUAAAAAAUAACUGGAAAAUUUGCAAGUAUAUUCAGCCAUACAUAUGUUCUGUGUUACUGUAGUUGAGAAGGAGGAGGAAGGAGCCAAAGAGUCUCAAAAUGAAACUGGAGAUCAAGUUUCUGAGAAAAAAGAAGAAACUACUGAAGGUAUUGUACUGACUUCAAUUACUGUAAAGAAUGAUCUGGUUACUACAGUAUACACAUAAUAUACAAUGCAAAACUGUCUAUUUUAUAUUAAUUUUUCAACCUUUAGAUAUUGAAUUGAAUUUUAUUUGAUUUAGAACCACAACAAGAUAAAUCCAGUGAAGACACACAACAGGCAAAAAGCGAGGAACCCAUGGUAAACUCUUGCAAGACGAACUUGUAUUUUACCCAUUAAUACAAAAAAUAUUUGUCUGCCUAGAAAAUUUUGAAAAUCUGGUGUCUGACAUUUUAAAAAUGCUUUUGCCAUACAACAUUCUAUAGUCCAUACAUUUAUACACUAUUGCACUAUUAAGAUAGAUGGACUUACAGUUUUGCAUUUCUGAGCUCAUAUCAUCUAUAGUACAGGUAACGUUCUUUCUAUUGGUUAGAAUUUUCCCUCUGAAUUUCACCUUCUAUUUAAAAUUUUUCUGGGAACUUCAAAAAAAUUUCUGGGACCGACAGUCCUGUGGUUCGAUAUUUUUUCCACCCCUGUUAAGGCAAAUACAGUCCAGUGUCAAUAAUCAACCAUGAACAACACUCAAUAAUCAACUGUAAUUGUGUGUAGGAAGUGGAGAAAGGCCAUGGAGCUACUGUUGCCAAACAUUACAAUGAGCACAAAGACAACACUCGCGAGGAGAGAAAACAAUCACCAAUAUUUUAUCUCAGAAACUUCAACAACUGGGUGAAGAGUGUCUUGAUCAAUGAAUUUAUGGAAAAAUAUAAAAGGUAUACAUGUAGUUUAAAUGUCAUAACUAAGCCCCCCAGGGUUUUCAGAAUUAUGCAGAUGUGGUGAGUGGUCCAGGAAAGUUUUUAAGUCAUCCAAAUCAACUGGUUCAAAUGGUGUAUAUUGAUUGGAUAGCAACACAACCGAGCUCUGUAACCAAAUUAUAAUGUAUCACUACUUUCAUUCUUCAACAAGAUAACUUCAAGAUUUAUGAUGGUAAAUAAAAAUAGUAUGUCAUUUUCGAAAAUAACUGGGCUAUAAAGUAGACCAGGUUGAGGAAAAAUAACUUUGUGUAAAAAAAGAGUGGAGGAAGGAGAGCAGAACUGAUAUUUCAAGUACUGAUUAAACAAAGUAAUUAGCGGUAAACCUCAUGGUACUCGCUGGAGCUCUGGCAGCUGCUAGCUUAUUUUGAAAGCCCUGCUUUUCAGUGUUUGGUCUCUUUCAUGUUUUUCAGUUUAAGAGUUCUAAUCCUACAAGUUGAUCCAAAGUUCUUAACCAUAAAUAGCAAGACAUGAAUUUAUAUCCCAUAAUGUUGCUUGUUCAUCAUGUUUUAGGAAGACGUAUCACAACCUCUCUGUGUUAGACCUUGCAUGUGGGAAAGGUGGAGAUUUACUAAAAUGGCAGAAAGCAAGAAUCUCAAACCUUGUUUGUGCAGGUAGGUGAUGGACAGCCAUGACAUUGUACUUGAUGUUUGAGCUCACUCACAAUCAGGAAAAUUUUCUAUCCUUCAGACAUUGCUGAAGUAUCUAUGAAGCAGUGUGAACAGAGGUACAAAGAUUUGAGAUAUAGCAGAAAUCAUCGAAGAUAUAAUCAAUCACAGAAAAUAUAUGAUGCACAGUUCAUUACUGCAGACUGCACGAAGGUUUGUUUAUUUGAUAUUUAACCCUUUAAGCGGCAACACACUCUAAUGCACCCUACUUUAUCAUUUUACUGUGUAUAAUGCCAGAUCAUUUUACACUAAUGCCAGAUGAUUUUACUCGUUAAGGGGAUUUUAGUGUGUUCAUAACAUUGAGUUGGGACUGGAAAGUUGGAUGUAUGACACAGAUGCUAGACACCACAACGCAGGGUGUGGAUCAGGUGGGGUGUGUACACCCCCCUCCCCUGCACCCCACGGUAGAUCCACCCCCGAUCUACUUUUCCUUAAUUACAAUACGACGUUUAUUUUCCGUUUAGGAUGAUAUUACUGAUAAAUUUAACGGCAGAAACAAAGAUGUUAAAUUUGACAUGACCAGCUGUCAGUUUGCUCUCCAUUAUGCCUUCGAGUCCGCUGAGCAAGCGGAGAAAAUGUUACAGAAUGCUUGUGAAAGACUAAAACCGGGUGGAUACUUCAUUGGGACAAUGCCUUGUGCAAAUGAAAUAAUGUAAGUAGAAAUAGCGAAAUUAUUUUAUUUCUGACAUCAGACUGACGAAAAACGCUCGUCGUCUCGAGUAGGAUUCGCACUCGCAAAGUCUAGCAUCU